AUGGCUGUUUAUGACAAAUUAUCAUUACUAUUAAUAUUAUGCUUCUGUGGACUUAUUAUGCAUACAUGUUCUGGUAAUGCUCUACCUUCAGGAGAUUGUAGCAAAGAUGAAGACUCAAGUAAGUAGAAUCUGUAUUGUUAUUAUAAAUAUUUUAUUUUCAUAUUUAUUUUAAAAUAAAAAAGCAAUUGGACAAUUCCUGCAUAGGCAAAAACGAAGAAGGAGAAGAAUCAGCAAUGUGUAACGAAUACUGUAGCAGAACACGUACAAUUGAUUCCUCACAAUUGCCAUCUCUAUUGCAACAAUUGGGACAAGUUUUGUUUAAUAAUCUACGACUUGGAUGUGUUGGUUAUUGCUCCCAAGAGCAAACGUGUCUCUGUGUAAUUGGUAGUGACGUAUUAUAUGAAGGACCUGGAGAUAUUGACGUAGCAGGUAUCAAUCCGGAAAAAAUAAUCUUUUUUACAACUCUUAACAUAGGUGGCAAAAAUGUUAGCGUAUCUAAUAUUCUUUGUGAAAAUCCUAACUAAAUUUUAUUCAAUAUAAGUUCUUUUUUAUACAUUAAACAAAUAAAUAUUAUAAUCACGCUUGCUAUUUUAUUCUUAUACCAAUAUUUUUUUGUAAACUAAUUUUUAUUCAUAAUAAAUUUUCUAUUUUCUUUCAAAUCCAAGAUCUUUCAAAUAAUAAAUAUUUCCUGAUAAAAUUUACAAUAUUUGUUAUGUAUUUAACAAAAAAAUGAUUUUUUUCUAAUUAAGAUAUUUGUUUUUACAUAUGAAUAGACAAGUUUUAUGUUUCAUUGAAAUGAAAAUGAACAAAAAAAUCUUUUUUUGUGAUUAUAUUAAUAUAUAGAGAAUAUAGUUAAAACAGAUAAUCUGUAUUUCGAUAACUAAAUCUAUAUUAAAAAUCUAAUUAAUUCAUUAAAAAAACAGAAUAUUGUAUAGAAGAAUUCGAUUGUUAAUAAAAUAAAUAAAUUCAGUUUAUAGACACAUUUACAAAUUAAUAUCCUUUAUUAUUGGAUAAUUUACACAAAAUAUUCGAUUGUUACUCGAAAUUGCUUUAGAACGGUUAAAAAAUUAAUAGUAUUUUUUCAAAAAUAAUUGUGUUUUUGCGCAAAAUGAAUGUAGUUCCAGUACGGCGAAUAAAAUGAUCUAAACAAAAAUAGCUACAAAAUCAUCGCAUCUAUAUAAUAAAAAGAAAAAACCACAAUCUUUUUUAUUGUUUAUGAUAGGUAGUAAUAUCUUUUUUAAGAUAAUUAUUUCAUAUGAAUUCAACUAAUAAAAAUAGUAUUGUUAUUCAUAAUUACAUUUGGACCCUUACAUACACCGUGGAAAACAGUUAAUGAUCGGUGUGAACAAUGAAUAAUUAUAUAAAAUUAUGUUUUUAUCAUUGCUUAAUGUAAAAUCUUUAUUAUUUGAUCAGUCAAUAGAGAAAAGAUUAGAGCAUUAUUAAAAUAUCAGACAUAUGAAAAUACUUAAAGCCUCACGAUUGAAUAACUUUUUGAGUGUUCAUACGAGAUUUCAGUUUAGUAUUUCUUCUUUUUUCUUCAUACCUUUCUAACAUGACCUGCUCUUAUAGGUUAACUGAUGAUUACUGUAGUUUUAAUGAGAAACAAUCAUCGAAAGAACAUGUGACAGGGCUAUAUCUAUCAUAGAAGCAUAACGAUUCUUGUGCCGGUUUCGUAUCAAAACAAGUAUAUUUUGAUGUAAAGAAAACAAACGCAUUUCACGGAAUAAAAUGUCAUAAUUCAAUAGUUUUUCAUUCGAAAAGUGAACAAUUAGAGAAGAUUGUAUCAUAUUAAUAACAGCUGAUAAAUAAUCAAUCAAAACUACCAAUCUACUUGCUGUAACAGACUUAUCAGAACACCAUGUAUAUUGUAAAUAUGAAUGUGAACUUAUCAUGUUUUGACUUACGUGGGAAUAUAUGUCUAGAUAACGAUGAAUUUGGUACUCAUACUCAUAUCUAUAUUUAGUCCUCAGUUUAUGCUAUAAAAGAAUGCCACAUAUAUGCGUAUUAUUUGAUAGAAAUACGGAACUAUUGUAUUGAUUAUUAUACGAGAAAAUCUUCUUGAAAUUGCUAAUGAUUUCAUGGUAGAUGCUAGAUUCUCACAUCUACCUCGUUAUCAACAAUAUAACCUUUUCUCGUUGCACAUGCCGUCGGAAACAAGUGUCUAGGAAAUAGCAGUCAUCUUAUUAUUUUUCUUGACAGAUUGAUUUAAAUAACAAUAAAUGAAUGAAUUCAGUAAAAAGAAACGCUUCUAUAUAUAAGAUUAGAAAUCUUGAAGAAGUCUUCUGUUUCAUACAUCAUUUCAUUUCACAAUGAUAUUCCUAUUAGAGUCUAUGAGAUUUAAUAAACGUUUAUUAUUAUUCAUGACAACAUAUUUCUUCAAGGAUAUAUUACUUUCAGUAUUUAUUUUUCUGUUCUCUUAUCUCAAACUAAUUUAUUCAGUGGAAAAAAUCGUAACAGAUCAGAAAGAAAUGUAAAUGAAGACACUUAAAAAAGAUUUUUUUUUCUAAAAUAAGCUUUCAUCAUUGAAAAAGCUCUUAAAAGUAUAGCAUUUUACUAUUUCAUCAUCCCGAGAGUAAGUUUGAAUAUAGAUGCUUUUUUCUCUCACACUUACGCU